AUGCGGCAAGGUUUAUUUUCACGGAUCAGCAAGUUGUUAUUGACCCGCCACCGCAACGGCAAGCAUGAUACUACGAAAAAGGCGGGUGAUUGGCAACAACUAUCUCCAGAGUCACCUCCACUUCCUAUUCUUGACCCAUCAUCACCAUCAUCAUCAUCAUCGCCAAAUACAACCACCUCGUCGUUGCCAGCAUCAACCAAGCAUGAUAUUAUUGUAAAGCGAUCAUCUUUUCCCAACACUGCUAUAUACGAUCCACGUCAAUCUCGGCGGCUGUAUACUAUACCCGAGGAAGCAGAAACAAUGACGAUAACUACGACGACAACCACGACGCCUUCAUGCAGCAGAUUACGGGAUGGACAACAACACUGCAUGAACGAUAAUAACACCAACAACAUUAAUACCAAUGGCAACAUCCCUUCUCCAACAUCGCAAGUUGAUAUACUUUACCAAGCACCAAAUGAGUGGAUCCAUGCUAUGCAGCCUGUAGAUGGAGAUAGUAGUAGUCGCUGUGAUAAUCAGCUCAUAGGGGAUGAGCCACGUUGUCAACUGCAAAUGUCUCAACGUAUUCAACGUGCAUACCAAUCGCAUCAACGGAGGAGUAUGGGCAACAACAGCCAUCAUGUAUCAGUAGCAGCGGCACGCACGGAGCUUGAUUACGAUUGCCAUGACAACAUAACAGGUUUACGGAUCACAUGUCCUUCAGGCACUAGCGAGUACUGGCCACUUCAUGGAAAUUCGCAAUUCAUCCCUCCCGAAGUAGCCAUCCAAGGGAUCUACCACCCACAGCUUGCACAAGUCUGGAUUAUGGGCGUUUGGCUCUAUCGUAUGCUUGUUGGCAAAUAUCCUUAUGUUGCUCCCAAUGAUCGCAAGUUGUUUACCAAGAUGGGUCAUGGCGACUUUACUAUACCUUGUCAUCUUUCAGAAGAUGCCAAGGAUCUUUUACGGCGUAUGCUUGCUCCGCACCCUGGUCGACGAGCAUCGUUAGACUUGGUCAUGUUCCAUCCUUGGCUCAAAUCUUGCUCUAGUCAUGAUACAUCAACACGGCGGCAGUCAAUGGAAAGCAUAUCAAGUUAUCGUCGUCAUCGUACCUCAAGGCACUACCACCAUAGUAAUAAUAUUCAAGCAGCACCUCACAAGUCAUUUGCUGUGACCAAGGCUGUAAAGUUCUUAACGCAUGGACCUUAUCCUCCACCUAGACGACCGUAUCGGGAGCUGGCUCUCCUUGGUCAACGUCCUUCUUCUACUGUUAUAUAG